UGGGUCUAUUUCGCCGUUGAAUGCAUCGCCAGUGGUAGGGUAACAAGACGAUCAUACACCGAAGAUGAUAUAAUAAUAUGUGUUUUCAAUCGACUUGAGAAGAGGAUUAAAUAUUGCUUUGGAAGACGCGUCGCAAUGGCGUGGACCGCGUUCGCAUAAGUAUGCAGGUAUCGAGGCACAGAGAUAAGAUAAGCAAAGCCUGCACCCUGGUAAAGAAGCCCUUACUGCGUCAUAGCAGCUUUUCUCUUUUUGGUCUCGACAGCAGCUUGACAACCGCCUACACUUGACCCCUAGUCAGCGAUUGAAUCUGGUACUUCCUCUCACUCCCACUCCGCCCCAGUAAGCCUUCAAUGGCGCCGGCACAUAUACCAUGCGACUUUCCCACAAGAAAAUAGCGAGCUCGAUCCAUCGCUCAAUCCACACCAUUCACCCGAGUCCGAGCUCCCUGACAGGGACACGCAGACCUGGUCCUGCUCAACGGCACUUUCACCUGACCCCGACGGCAUAUCUCCCGCGAAAACGAAGCUUCUUCACAUCCAAUGUCCUACUACAACAGGACGGCAGCAGCGAACCGUCGGCGGGUCGCAAUAGAGCCCCCGCAGAGGACGGCUGGUCGGGAGACAAGGGCCCUUCGGCGCGGGCUGCCGCGGCCCAGAAGCCACCGGCGACACGGCGCAAGCCGCCGCUGAAGAACUCGCUCCGGCGAGUCGCCGUGGUUGCGCAGAAAGGCGUCCCCUCGCGGGCGUCCCCGGCGGCGGCCGAGAUGGGCGAGGACGGCAGCUCGACCAUCAGCGCCGUCUGCGUGGCCGAGUCGUUCGACAUGGACGCCGUGGCGAGCGCGCUCGAGGUGCACGGGUUCCUGCUGGACCCGGACGGCACGGGGUUCGAGGUGCACGAGGUGGUGCACGCGCGGGGCGCCAACAACGGCGACAUCUUCGUCUUCCCCUCGGGCACCGUCGUCACCUGGUCGCUGCCGCCGGACGUGGUCACGACGCUGGCCACGAAGCACCUGCUCCCGGCGGCCGAGGACCCGCACGUCGACCGCAAGGAGGUCGAGGACCUCGAGUACGUCGUUGACCCGGAGCGGGACCAGAGCGCCGUCAACGGCGACGUGGUGGUGCUGGGGGCCCGGCAGGAGGCCCGCGACGGCGACCGGCUCAACACGACGCUGGCCAAGAUCGCCUUCUCGUCGGGGCUCGCGCGCAGCACCAAGCUGGCCGUGCUUGAGAGCUCGCUCAACCGCUACUUUGAGAGCACGCGGCGCAUCCCCGCCCUCCUGUCGCGCGGCUCCCGCCUCGCGCUGUCGCGCAAGUUCAUCCUCCAGAAGACGGGCGAGCUGCUCGGCCUGCGCGCCCAGCUCAACCAUUACAAUGAGCUGACUGACUCGCUGCCCGACAUCUUCUGGGACAGCAAGAGCGAGCUCCGCUUAGAGACCUACUAUGACCGCGUAGGCAGGGCCCUCGACGUCGGCGUGCGCAUCAAGACGCUGAACGAGAAGAUGAACUACGCCCAGGAGGUCGUCGACGUGCUGAGGGAGACGUCGAGCGACAAGCACAGCACCCGCCUCGAGUGGAUCAUCAUCGCCCUCAUCGCCGUCGAGGUCCUGUUCGAACUGAGGAGGGUGUACAUGGAGAAGCACGAGGAGAACGAUGAGGCGAAAGAAGCCGCCACCGCGACCCAGUUGUGAUGCAAAGCGAGGUUAGGUGUUGGCGAUGAUGCGAAUGAUACCCUACUCAAUACUACGAGAUUCAGCAAAGUUUGCCAGACGACUGUCACCAUUGGAUCCCGUCUAUGCCCUUCUAUAAGUCAAGAAGAAAAG